UCGGGUGUUAAGUUCAGGUGCGCUUCACCCUCAGAGGUGAAAACUCCUGAAGCCGGUAAAAUGGAUUAUAUCUGACUAACGGGUGUGUAAAACAUGUAGAAGCACCGGUGCAGCGUUGGAGAAAAGGCCGAUUAAAGUGAAAGUAAAGACUUAACGGUUUCUAAUGACUUUCACCUUUCUCACACCCUCCUCAUUCUCCCCAUGUUGUCAAUUUUUAUGGUUUCAAAUGCCACUUUUUUCAUCCCGUCUUCCCCCUCUAUGGCUCCUAGGUUGGAGCUCCUAAUCUUUCUGUCCAUGAACUAACCAAUCCCUCACACCACUCACUACUUCUUCUUCUUCGUUCUCUUCAGCUAUCCCCUGUCUUCCUCUCCUCUCCUGUCAUGUCCAUGAGGAACCCACCCCAGCGCCGGCGCUCUCUGGGUCCUGUCUCCCCCAAACGCAUCUACAGAAACCUGUCCGUCAGACUGAGGGGAGGAGAGUCAUCUGUUGCUUCGGAAACGGACGCACCCAAACACCUCAGCAAGUCUGCAGAUGCUUACAAGACCCUGUGGGAAGCAGUGGAAAAUGAGGACACUUUGGCCGUGCAAAGCCUGCUGUCCAGAGACCAUACCAACUGUGGAGGAGGAGGAGGAGGAGGAGGAGGAGGAAGCAUGUGGGAGCGAGGGGAGAAGAAGGAGAAGGACUGGGAGCGAGAAAGGGAGAAGGGGGUGAACAGGGUGAGCGAGCAGGGCCUGGUCCCCCUGGACGUGGCUGCCCUUACCCACAAUUCCCCCCUGCUCCAUGUGUUGACAAAGGCGGGAGCACGACAUAACCCUGUUUUGUGCCGACCUGCAGAGUGGGCGCUGAAGCUGGAUGCUCUGGUGGCACUGGCGAGCAAACGGGUGGAGGAGAGGAAGAAGGAGUUAUUGAGGAAGGCAGUGGCAGGACCUCAGGCGCAGGCUGAUGUCCAGAGACACAUCCGCCUCUGGAGCCUCAGGCUGCAACUGUACUGCCGGAUGAGACAGAACUUCCAAAAGACAGAGCUGCCUGGACCUCCCAGUCAUGUGUCCAUACUGGUGACCAGCACAUCCUCUCUGUUUGUGGCGAUUAAGGAGCCAGAGGGCGACACCAUGGGGCUCAUUACCCGCUACAGAGUGGAAUGGAGCACCUCAGCCAGCUUCAAACGCAUCCUUGGCUCAGCCCAAGUCACAGAGACCAAGAACCCAUCCUAUGUUAUCAACGGGCUCACAGCGGGAGCGCAUUACUUUGUAAGAGUGAGUGCCUACAAUGUGAAAGGAUGGGGCCCGCCUCAGUGCUCCACGCCAGUCAGCGCUGCCCCCUCCAGUUGGAGAGAGUGCAGCGGAGUGAAGUCACAGUUCAGGAAUCACGAGGGCCUUGUAAUGAAACUGCUGGAAGACGCCAGAGAACCACAUUACAGAGGAUUCUGUAUAGAGAGCUCUAAGCCCCAGAGUCCCAGCAAGCGUCUGUCUGUGUCCCGAGGCAUCAAACAACUGUUCCAGUCCGCCACCAAGUUUGUUCGUCUCCUACAGAGGGGCGUGUACUUGGCAACUGUGUUCUACCACAAGGAAAACAUCCUGGUGACAGCUGAAGAUCAGAUCCCACUGGUGGAGAUCCAGUGCUGCUCCACCUCCAUCACCCACGACUUUCUUUGGUUUGCCAAGUUGUCCUGUGCAUGGCAACAAGUGCCCUGGCUCCAGCAGGCCCUGUCCUCGGCUCAUUCAUCUCCGUCGUCUCUCCUCCAGAACAGGCACAACAUUUUAAGAGCUGUCUCCCAGCUGCAGUCUUCCCUGGGAACAGUGGACCUGGGCCAGGUGUACUAUGAACCUCUGAAAGACAGGCAGGGCAAUGUCUUGCUGGUGACUUUGAAGGAGUUCUCAAACCCUCCCAGCCCCCCUGACCCUCCGCUCCACUGGAUGCCCCUGGCCCGCCUCGAAAAGAACCGCAGCAGAACGCCUUUGCUGCCCGAGCCCACUGCCAUGGACAUGCUCUAUGAGCAGCUCAAGGAGAAACUAUCUCUCCACAGGCACAGCAUUCAGUGGGCCCAGCCUGGUCUGUACGUGGGCAUCCUGAAACUGUGCAGCUCAGUGGAACAGAUCAGAGUCCUGGUGCCCCAGAGGCUGCCCAAUCUGCUCUGCCACACACGGGUCCGACACAACGCCCACGUGACCAGAGAGGAGUGGGCAUGGCUUCAAAGUCAUGUUUACACCACAGCCAAUGACAGCGUUCCGAACCUGUUGAGCAGCGAGGACGAGAGCGUGAUGGAGAGCAGCGGGCUGGUGGAGUUCGUCAGGUCUCUGAGAGCAGCAGUCACACAUCUCCUGACGAAGCUCAACAUCCCCCUCUACAGGGCGUAUCAGUAUGGUGUGUACACCCGGGAGCUGCUGCAGUUUGGAGACAAGGUAUCCAUGGUGCUGCUGCUGCCUCCCAGUGAGGACUUUAGCUCCAGCUACUGGCCUCUGGUGGGGACCAAGGAGCCUGGGCUCACCAUGCCCCUGCAGAUCUUUGAGCUGGUUCACUUCUGGACGUAUGAACGGGACUUCCUGUCCCAGUACUGCCAGGCCUGGGUGAGGCUGGAGCUGGACACUCAUCUGGCCCAGCAGGCUCUGCGGGAGGCUCUGGACACCAAGGAGGUGCAGGAGGCCCGAGAGCGCCUGAACCACAUCACAGAGCUUUCCCAGCGUCUGGAUGUGGUGUGGAGGGAUGCCCGCUGGAUCAUGGACUGUCUGCAGUGCGUUCGGUCCAAGCAGUGGGUUGGGGCUGUGCCUCUAGGCCUGGUGAUGGGAGGAGACCCGCCGCCACGUCCCGAUGGCGAGGAGGAGGAGAGUAGUUUGACCGCCAGACUGACGUGGCCCCAUCGGAUACAGGCACAGAGAGCAAUUGCAGAGUGUUUAGUCACCGCAAAUCCACCAGAUGUCAUCUCUGCCGAGAUCUCUGCUCCGUCAGGAAUCAUGGCUGUCCCUGAAGAGGCCACACUGUUAUUGGAGGGUGUCGCGAAGGGAGGAUACCCUGUAGACAUCACCGCCCAAUCAACUCUUGACUUGACAAGCCUUGGCCAGUCAGAAUUAGGAUGUGCAAGCGCUUUAAUCGAAGCUGGAUUGGAGCCUGGGGCUGUCGCACAGCUUGAAGGAGGGUACACAGGUUUGGACACACAGGAGUCCUACAGCAGUGAGCAGGACUUUCCUUCCAGCAUCACUGAGGUAAUCCAGCCGAUGGAGAUGGCAGAGUUGGUGGACAUCUUGCCCACGCUGAGUCUUAUCGAGGAGGAGACCCCCAGUGGCCCGUCCACACCAUCAGUAAUGGAUAUGCUGGAGAGCUUCGGACUGGGGAUUGGUGAAAGCAACACCUUCUUUGAUUUAGAGCAUUCAAACUUGAUCAACGGGGCGGAGUCUCUGUCACAGCCCAACCUGCACUAUAGCCGCAGCAGCAGUGUGAGGGAGACACAGUGUGAAAUUACAGACACAUCGGCCUCUCAUGCAGCGUUGAAUGCCACAGCUGGUGACGUGCCCGUUAUCAGCUGGGAUUUUCCUCCAGAGAUUACAGAGACUCUGCAGGUUCCCAUCAAGGGAGCGUGUCUUCCACUGAGAAACCAGGUGGAGUGGGACAAACCAGCUAACGGUUCAUCCUGAUAUCGACUCAAACGCCAGCCUACUUUUGAACUUGUAUCACUUUAAAACCAAAUUAUAGGGUUUCAGCACAGACAGAAAAUCCUAGUUAGACUUUUUGGGUUUGGAAAUGACUAUUUUUCCAGUGUCAAACUGCCCAACAUUAAUAUAUUAAUGUUAAUAUUAUUAUUAAAGUAGUACUUCACCCCCCCCCCCAUUACCAUUUGUAUAUCAACUACUCACUGUGUUAACUUGAAUUCAUGAAGAAACCUUUAUUUUUCUCACACGCCCCCAGUGAACGAAGAAUCCAAAAACGGAGAAAAUUCUUGAUGAUUUGGAGGAAAAGUCCCUGUUUAACAGCAAAACUUUAUCAAAACUUCUUUUUGAAAACUGUCACUCAUUUAUCCAUUCAAUAAAUGUACUUCCUAGUCAGAUGCAUUUUGCUUAAACCUUAAUGUUUAAAACUAAACAGAAAGUAAAACAUAUCUAUGCCCCUUCAAGGCCAGAGUCUAUUGACAAAGGAACACUUGAGUCAAAUAAAUCUUUAUUUCCGUUUGCAGAAUUAUAUUUGGCGGUAUGACUCUGUUCUGAGGCCUCUCUGCCUCACACACAUAUUUGGAAAGCUUAAGGUGGAAACUGCACACCUCUCCACCCUUCUGCAUGCCUACGUGGAAAGCCUGAGGCAGAGAUAGCACACCUCCCUGCCCUUCCAUGUGCCUACAUGGAAAGCCUAAGGCAGGGAGAGCAGCAGCAAAGACCCCCCAGGAAAAGAACAGAGCAGCAUCAAUGACAAACAGAAAUGACACUGAUAAGCCAGACACAGCAUGAAAAGGAGGAGCUGGGGUGGAGGCGGGUUGCAAAGUGACUUGCAGAGGAAGCAGCAACAGUAGGCAGGCCAGAGCAGUUUAAAUAGGGCGCCCUGAAUGAGAUGAGGAAUCGUGAUCUAUCAGCUGACUCCCUUCCAUCAAUCAGCUGCUCCAUCAGUUGAUUGGACUGAGAUCAGCUGAUGUAGCUGGGAUGUGAGCUGGGCUUCACAUCAUGUCCUGCCUGGACUAACACUAUGCUCAGUUUUGGGUUUUAAAGGGUUAGUUCACCACAAACAAGCUAACUCAUAGGGGCAGUAGUAGACCAGCUGCUCCUGUGUUCAGAGAGGUAAAAUUGCGUUUUUUGUGAGGUUGAGAGCGCAGAUAAGUUUCACUCUCAGUUCAGUUUUAAAUGCAUGUCAUUAGGAAAUACUGAUCACAUGACUGGAUAUACGAGACUAGAGAUUAUACUGUGCAAGUUGUGUGAGAGUUUGUAAACAGACAUCUUGAUAUUGUUUUUCUGUUAUUAAACGUGGACCCUUUUUACCUCAAUUCAUUAAUAAUUUUCUGGAAGAAAUAUUGGGAUUCUUUGAUUGCCAAAGAGACAGGGGGGAAAAGUGUUCCCCACCAUUUUUUUUUUUUUUAAGAUAUUUUUUUGGGGCUUUUUAGCUUUUAAUGUAUAGGACAGACAAGCGUGAAAGGGGGAGAAAGAGGGAGUGACAUGCAGCAAAGGGCCACAGGCUGGAGUCGAACCCGGGCCGCUGCGGCAACAGCCUUGUACAUGGGGCACCUGCUCUACCACUAAGCCACCAGCACCCCGUUCACCACCAUUUUAACGCAACACAGAGUAAUUGAUAUACAAAAGAUCAUUUGGUGGGUGAAGUAUCUCUUUAACUGCUGUGAGGGAAAAUUCAAGUGACAUCUACAACUUCAUCUAACACAUGAUUUAUGUCAUUUGCACAUUUCUGUGCCUGUAGUUUCUUUUUUAAUGUUCAGUCCAUUACAGCUUGUUGUGUGAAAAACCCUAAGCUACUGUAGCAGUUUUUUAUCACUUAUGCCUUCAUCACUCACUACAGCACAAAGCAGCAUUGCUGCUUGAUGGAGCUAGUAAUCAAACUCAUGAAAUGCAUACAACUCAAUAAAAUGGAAGUGUUUGCUUUGCAGUCCAUAAAAAGCUGUUAUACUGUAUGUGUAAUUGAAUUGUUUCUUUUUGGUUUACCUGUGUGUACCUUCAUUAACAAUAUCGAUAUCCAAGUUUUGCUUUGGCUGAAACUUUGAUAUCUAAUAAAGGAAUGAAAAUUCAGACAAGGAAAGUCUAAAGACAAAAUGUGGGUGCUGCAAGAAACCCAAACCUAAGAUGUCAAUUUUAGGUUGUGAGAAGGAUGUAGAGGAUGAUUUCUUUUUCAGUUUCUUCAGUCCUUCACUACAAAGACAUAUUCAAAAAUCACAUCUUUAAAGUUUCCGUUAUUUGCUUGCAUUUGUCUACUAUGUAGCAUGUACAUAACACAAAACAACAAAUGUUUUGUAGGUCUCAAUAUGUUAAGGAACAUGCAAGCCAGUCAUGUCAGUUCUUUGUUUGCUUUGAAGGAGAUUUGGCCUCGUUGCAUCUGUAUUUGCUUUCUUUAUCUCAUUCUGCUUAGCAUCCAGUCAACUAGAGGUAUAACUACAGCCAAGGAAACUUGAAAUGUUAAAUGUUUUGGGAGUAUCCAGAGAGGGAGAGAAUUGUGCUGACAGUUCAUCCCAAAAUCAUUUACAUAUUUUUCCUCUUACCUGUAGUGCUAUUUAUCAGUCUAGAUUGUUUUGGUGUGAGCUGCAGAGUGUUGGAGAUAUCAGCCAUAGAGAUGUCUGCCUUCUCCCGAGUAUAAUAGAACUAGAUGGCACUCAGCUUGUGGUGCUCAAAGCAAUGUCUCUUUCCAGAAAUCAUGACCCAGGGGAACUGCAUCAUAGAGCAAAAGGAAGCAUGCAUGUACUGCCAUUUCACCUAGCACCACUGAGCUUGCUAACAUUAAAGCUUAGCCAGGGAGGACGCCAUUAAUGUUCACGUCUUGUGGUGUCAUGAGAGUCUCAUCCAUGAGUAGAUGCACGCUUCCUUCUGCACGUUGAUACAGUUGGUGGGUGUAGUUUGGUUAAAAAAAAUAAAAGAUAAAAGAAAAAGAUUUCUGGAGAGAGACACUGCUGUUGAGUUUUUUGAUGUCAUUUUUUGGGGGGCUUUGAGCACCACAAGCUGAGUGCCAUCUGGUUCUAUAUAUACACAAGGGCUGUCGAGCGAUUAAAAAAAAUUAAUGAAAGUAAUUACAUGCUCCGUGAUAAAUUCAUCUAAAUUAAUCGCAUACAUCAACCUUUGUUGUGAAAGUAUUUAAAGAAUUUCAAUUCAAAUUAAUUUUGGCAGAUGUGUCGUAGUAAAGCUGCUGGAUUUUGCAGACAGUUGUUCCCCUGUCCUCUACCACUCACACUGGUCUGCAGUCCAUUUUGCAAGGGAGUUAGUCGGUCACAGGAAGACUUACUCAGUUGCAUCUGAACCCAUGUGACUUAGCUUAUUAACAUUAUCUUAUUCAAAGUAUAAUCAAGUGACAUCCAAAUAAACAACUCGUUACUAAAGUAACGUGAAAAUCUAAAUUCAGGUCAAUUGAUUUGCUUCAAAUUAUUCGUUAUAUAUGUAUUAAAUAAACGUUACGAUGAUUCACUGUAACCCUGGCCAAAUUACUGCAAGUCUCGACAAAAUCAAGUGUUGCAAAUGAAUGUACCAAAAUUAAAUUAAUAAGUUUCGUGAAGGAGCUGGCACCAAGCGGGAGCAGCCAACACCACAGGGCUAACCAAAGUAGCGUAGUUUUUUAGCCUAGCUUGUUAACCUUAGCUAACUUAGCAGCGUCGAGCGAGGUGGGCGUGUUUAAGCAACCAGGCUUAAUUUGGCCUGCCUCUUUGACCAUUUUUGAUUGGCCGGGAGUUGGGCGGAGUCAGGCACUGCCAAGAUGGCAACGGCCAGAGCCGGCUACUUUGAGCUUCAAACCCGCUCCUCAGAAACCAGUGGGUGACGUCACGGUGACUACGUCCAUAUUUUUAUACAUUCUAUGACGCUUUGCGUUCAGGAUUUAAGUUCUCCGAUGGUACAAAAAUUCCUUACUGCAGAAAUUGCAGUGAAAAGGUCCAUCAUGUGACAAAGCCACUGUGGCCUUCAAUAACGCACCAGGUCAAAGUGCACCACAGAGCACGAAUGAUCAGCGUUAUUUUUUUUAAACCUGUUAUUUUUUCUGUUAUUAAUUAAUCAAAAUAAAAGUGUUAUUUUGACAGCCCAUAUAUAUACACUGGAGAGAAGGCAGACAUCUCUACAGUACAUAUCUCCAACACUCAGUAGCUCACACCGAAACAAUCUAGACUGAUAAAUUGUGCUACAGAUAAGAGGAACAAUGUGUAUUUUUAAUUUUUAUGGGUGAACUGUCCCUUUAAAAAGGACCAUUACCACAUUAAUAUUGCAGACUGAAAUUUUAGGCAUGUGUAAAAAGCAGCAGAGUGAGGUGGGUUUUCCAGCUGAACCUCUGCUGUUGUUUCUUUCCAACAGAGCGGAGAAAUAAAGCACUGUAUUGGAGGCAUACUGAAAAUACAAGAACAGAAUACAGUUGAAUGAAACAGCUUUUCCUUGCAGCUUAGUGCCUUUCAAUAAAAGUCCAUAUAUAUGGCUAUUUGCACCAGGACUCUCUUUUUUUAUUAUGAGCUAUUAUCUUUAGUAGGAAUAUUAUAAAUAGUUAAAUGAUUCAUACAUUUAAACAUAAUGCACAUGUUAAUCACAUUUUCAUAAGGUUAUGUAUUAAACUGUUAAGAGGUUGAAACUGCCCAACAUGUUGUUGUUAAAAUCCUAUUAAACACUGUCUGCUUUC